AUGGGUCCGGAUCACGGUGUUUUGGGUGCCACAUUCAAGGUUGCAAGGGCCCUCCAGGCUGCAUCAAUGAUAGCAGUGAUCGGUAUCACAUCCAACUUCAUCUCUGAGAUGGUCAGCGCCGGCGCCACACCCCCACCGAUUCUCAUUGGAAUUUUAAGCAUAGUCUGUAUUGCCGUGCUGUACUGUGCUAUCACAGUCAUUCUCUACUUCGACAGCAUCCUCCCAUUCUUGAUCAGCACUGGCCUCGACGCUCUUUUCUUGGUCGCUUUGAUUGUUGUUUCUGUCAUCGUUGGCAAACCGCUCUCCUAUCUUAACUGCCAGGUCCUGGACGAGAUUUCCAAUGCCAGCUCGAGUGCAUAUGACUUCACCUCAGCCUUGGGGAACAGUCUCAACAAAGACGGCAAUGUCGACUACUCCCAAUGGAUUGGAACAUCCAAGGCCACAUGCUUGGAGAUGAAGUCAAUCUGGGGGUUGAGCAUCGCGCUUUGCAUUCUGUUCACUUUUUCCGCGGUGAGCACCAUCUGCUUAUGGAAGCGGACCAAGCAACCUCCAGCCGAGAAGCUCGACGCAUAA